AUGGGUCGCAAAAGCAACACAACGAAGUUUCCGGUGGCUAGGAUAAAAAAGAUUAUGCAGUCUGAUGAAGAAGUUGGCAAAGUGGCUGCUGCUACACCUGUAGCUGUAUGUGAGUGUACAGCAGCUCACCGUGGCUGCUCGGUCUAGGCGAGCAUGGAGCAAGGGAGCAAAGGCGUUUUUGCUUGGAGAAGCAUCGAGCGACAGGAUUUCCUGGGCGCAGGGCGAUCGAAUACCUGUCAGACCCGCACGCUUAUUCCCAUCCCCCUCUUCGUGCCCUUUUCACGGGCUGACAACCGCUUCCCUUGCUGCUCUCGCCCGUGAUCAGCCAAGGCUUUGGAACUCUUCAUGGCAGAAUUGCUGGGAACAGCAGUGACGGAAGCGAGGAGCAGAGGUUCAAAAAGGGUCUUGCCAGGUCAUUUGUGAGUGCCUGCAGCGCGCCAAUACAUACCCAAUGUGGCUUCUUCGCAGGACCUGACAGCUUUCUGUACUGUCGACUCCGACGCACUCUAGGAAAGCGGCAGUGCAAGCGAACGAGCGGUUAGAUUUCUGCAAGGACAUUUGCGCCAGCGCACCGGACGUGCCAGCUGCGGACAUUGCCGGACCAUCAUCAACUAGUAGUGGCGCACUCAAGACUUUGAGGGGAGAUGAAGAUGCAGCAGAUUCCAAUGGAAAAAAGAAGCGCAGGAAAAAGGAAGAUUCGCGUGAUUGA